UAUGAGUGUGAUUCUGGACCUGCCCUAUGUCUACUCCAUCUGUAUCAGCUCUGUGGUGGCCAUCAUCUACACUCUACUGGGAGGACUCUACUCUGUAGCCUACACCGACGUCAUCCAGCUCAUCCUCAUCUUCCUCAGUCUGUGGAUCUGUGUGCCAUUUAUGAUGACCAACCCAAACUCCAUGGACAUCACUCUGACCGCAUUCAACGAAACGUUCCAGGCCCCAUGGGUCGGCAAGCUGGAGCUGAGAGACGCGGGGAAGUGGAUUGACGACUUCAUGGUUCUGGCUCUGGGAGGCCUGGCCUAUCAGGCCUUCUACCAGAGGAUCCUAUCAGCGUCGUCCUACACCCAGGCUCAGGUCACCUGCUUCGCCUCCUCAGCUUUCUGCCUGGUGCUGGGCAUCCCGUCUGUCUUGGUGGGGGCUGUCGCUGCAUCCACAGACUGGAACCUGACUAGCUAUGGUUCUCCGACCCCAUACGAGCGCGGCCAGGCCGGAUCCAUCCUCCCCAUCGCCCUGCAGUACCUCACCCCCUCCUACGUCUCCAUCAUCGGCAUUGGGGCCGUCGCUGCCGCCGUGAUGUCAUCCAUGGACUCCGCUCUCCUCAGCUCCGCCUCCAUGUUCUCCUCCAACAUCUACAAGAAUAUCAUCAGGAAUCAGGCCUCAGACAGGGAGAUGCAGUGGGUGAUCCGUAGCUCGGUGGUGGUGUGUGGCCUGGCGGGGACGGCCCUGACCUUCCUGGAUAACAGUGUUCUGGUUUUCUGGCUGGUGGGCGUUGACAUGUCAUACACCAUCAUGUUCCCACAGCUUGUCUGUGUCCUCUUCUUCAAGGUGUCCAACGGUUACGGUGCCAGUGUGGGGUAUUUCCUAGCGUUGGUCCUCCGUAUCCUGAGUGGGGAACCCCUCAUCAACCUUCCCCCUGUCAUCCACUUCCCUGGGUUCAGGAAGGACGCGGAGGGCGUGAUGACCCAGUUCUUCCCGUUCCGUACCACCAUCAUGCUGACGUCUCUCUGCUCCAUCCUCAUCACCUCCUGUGUCACCUCCGUCAUCUUUAACAAGGGGCUGCUGUCGGAGAGGCGGGACGUGUUUCAGAUCAAGAGGUCGCAGGCCAAAGUCACGGCGCUGACCAAGCUUAAGAAAGAGGAGAGUAAAAAGGACUACGCGAAGGCCAAGGAGGCGGUGGUGAACAAACAGCUUCUGGACACCAGCUGCUGAACAGGGGAGAACGAUGGAAACUGAGGACGGCCAUAUUGAGGCAAAGGGUUUCGUUGGUCGGGCGGACAUUUUGUGUUUCUGCUGAGGACUCGGUAGGAUUUGGAGACGGGAGGAUGGUCGAAAACACGCAACAACAACAACAAAAAUAACCCCCAUUAUGACAUCAUGUGGUCAUAAAACAUUGUGUUGCUGGUAAAAAUGACCAGACACUUGGCAGUUUCCAGUGACCCGGGUUAAUUAGACAAAAGCAAUGUCGCAAAGAAAAACGGCAGCUCUACGCAAAACAUUCUAAUGAACGACAACAUUUCCUUUUCCACAGAGGUGGAGUUUUAUUUUGUCUGACUUUCUUUAUUGAGACAAAUGAUCGAAAUUAUCGUGUUUUUCUAAUAAACGAUGAUUGCUGAAUACUUUUGAAGGUACGCGGGGCACGUGAUGUCAUCACAUCACUAUAAAGCAGUUUAUACCCCACAGUUCAUUCUAAAUGCUGACUGCUUGCUAAAUCUAUUUCUAAACUAUAAAAGAAAAUACUGUUUCUUUGCAGGACAAGGAUUGUCUUGACUUUCAAGAAAGCCUGAAUUGCUUUGCUUUGCUUUGCUGAUUGGCUGAAUGCAAGUUUCACCAUCUUAGCCCCUACACCCUAGACGUCAAACUCAUUCCACGGAGGGCAGAGUGUCUGCAGGUUUUCGCUCCUUCUACUUGAUUGAUGAAUUAAGGUCACUAAUUAGUAAGGAAUUCCCUUCACCUGGUUUUCGAGGGCUUAAUUGAAAGGAAAAACCUAAAACCAGCAGACAACUAGGCCCUCCAUUGGAAUGAGUUUGACACUCCUGUCCUAGACACUCCUGUCCUAGACACUCCUGUCCUAGACACUCCUGUCCUAGACACUCCUGUCCUAGACACUCCUGUCCUAGACACUCCUGUCCUAGACACUCCUGUCCUAGACACUCCUGUCCUAGACACUCCUGUCCUAGACACUCCUGUCCUAGACACUCCUGUCCUAGACACUCCUGUCCUAGACACUCCUGUCCUAGACACUCCUGUCCUAGACACUCCUGUCCUAGACACUCCUGUCCUAGACACUCCUAUGGAUCUCAUGUAAGAGUCACGGUAACGCUUUCAUCUUGCCUUUUUACGAUUGGCUGGGUGGAACUGUUGCCCUAUUGCUUCCACCAAUCAGAUCCUCUCAGAUCUACAGUAGUGGCCAGGAGGGAGGGGCUACAGUGCCUGAUUUGGAAUUCAGAAUGUUUGAGUGACAGUUGUAGAAGGGGUCUAUUAUAUAGUUCCCUUGAUUUCAUUGGAAAUACAUUUUUCACUUUACCUGAUGUUGACUGUAUCAGGAAGCGACACCAUACGGGUGUGUGUAUAUAUAUAUAUAUAUAGCACCAGUCAGACGUUUUGGACACACCUCCUCAUUCAAGGGUUUUUCCUUUAUUUUUUACUAUUUUCUACAUUGUAGAAUAAUAGUGAAGACGUCAAAACUAUGAAAUAACACAUAUGGGAUCAUAUAUUCUUCAAAGUAGCCACCCUUUGCCUUGAUGACAGCUUUGCACACUCUAGGCAUUCUCUCAACCAGCUUCAUGAGGUAGUCACCUGGAAUGCAUUUCAAUGAACAGGUGUGCCUUUAGGCAGUCUAUGCUAUUAACAAGGAUCCAGUUUCCGAUUAACUUAGCCUUAAGAUGCUUUUUUGGGACACCGGCUCCUGGACCCAAAGGGCUCUGGUCUAAAGUAGUACACUACAUAGUGUAUAGGGUGCCUUUUGGGACGCAACCAGUAAGACCAGACAUGCAGUAACUAGUUAUUGAAUGUGUUUAGUUUCCCUGCGACAUGAACAGAACUGAUACAGCACUAAGGACCCUGCGGAUGGACGGACGACCAGGCCUCUUUUUAUACGUGUGAAUUGUGAAUUGUAAUAUACUCUUGUACUGUACAGUCUUCGCUUUAGAUAUUAUGAAGUAUAUAUUAUAUACUGCUUUAUCAAAGAGCAACAUGUAGCCAAAGAGUUGGAAAUAACUGUUCUGUUGCAAAACGUUUCUUAAAAUGGAAGCAAAUUAAACAGGAGGGACUUAACUGAAUUUGUCCAAUCUAAACUAUUUUUAGUUGCAACAGAAUCGGUGGAAUAAAAACACCUCCGAUUGUGAACUAGAAUGUGUGAAAGGUGUUAGGUUUAUGUUGUACCUCCAGGGUCGUGUUCACUAGGCACCAAACAGACUGAAACAGGGAAGGACUACCUGGACUUGUCCAAUAAGAAACCCUCAUUUUUCAUUGUGUGUUGCAAAACCCUAUCCAUUUCGUGUCCUAAUGAAUACCACCCAGUUAUGUAGUUGAAUGUAGAAACAGCGGUUGUAUUCUGUGCAGCAGUAUGGAGGCUUUAAUCAGUGGGGGAAGACUGGAGAGCUGUAGAUAGAAAUGUAACUAUGCAACUUGAGAUGUGGUUGAGAAUCAUCCCCAUUUCCAGCUUGAGUUACUCAGAAACAGACUUUUCCUCACAGGAACAUACAAUGAACAAAAAUGUAAACACAACAUGUAAAGUGUUGGUCCCGUGUUUCAUGAGCGGAAAAAAUAAAUACAAAUCCCAGUAAUGUUCCAUACGUACAAAAAGCUUACCUUAAAUUGUGCACAAAUUUGUUUAUAUCCCUGUUAGUGAGCAUUUUGCCUUUGCUAAAAUAAUCCAGCCACCUGACAGGUGUGGCAUAUCAAGAAGCUGAUUAAACAGAAUACUCAUUACACAGGUGCACCUUGUUCUGGGGACAAUAAAAGGCCACUAAAUGUACAGUUUUGUCACAACACAAUACCACAGAUGUCUCAAGGGAGCGUGCAAUUGGCAUGCUGACUGCAGGGAUGCCCACCAGAGCUGUUGCCCGUGAAUCAUGCUGACUGCAGGGAUGCCCACCAGAGCUGUUGCCCGUGAAUUACAUAUCUCUAUGAGCUGCCACCGCCAUUUUAGAGAAUUUGGCAGUGCGUUCAACCUACUCAACCACAGAACACAUGUAACCAUGCCAGCUCAGGACCUCCACACUCAGCCUCUUCACCUCUGGGAUCAUCUGAUUGGUGCUGAGGAGAAUUUGGCUGUAAUUAAGCCCUUGUGGGUAAAAACUCAUUUUGAUUGGCUGCCAUGUGAAAUCCAUAGAUUAGGGCCUAAAAUAUUUCAAUUGGCUGAUUUCCUUAUAUGAACUGUAACAGUCUUUACAUUUGAGUUGAUAUUUUUGUUCAGUAUAAAGUGAGAUUCUGGAACAUUUCCAGCUAUUAGAUUUCUAGGUUCUAAUCUAGCACACCGAAGAAAACAAAAUGGGCAACAUAACAUUUGAAACCUGAAUUCAAUUACAAUAAAAUCUGUCUUAGGGACCUGGCUAAUGUUUACCGAAUAUUAACUACAUUAGUUCUCCCUCUCAUACCAUGUGGUCCAUUUAAUACAGAGGUUAUGCAAGGUUGUACAUUGUAAAUCCAAGUGUUUGUUCAGUCCGGUGAAUAAAGGUUGAAUUAAAACUA